GAAAUCACAGUGAGCCCGUUUUACACCUCCUCUUUCCUCUUUAUUCGCUUUCACCCCCAUCACUGCCAACAGCUGCCAACAAUGAGCGCAAAAGUCAUGAAGGAACUCAGUCUCGAAGAGGUGGCACAGCACAACAAACCUGACGAUCUUUGGAUUGUCGUGGACAGCAAGGUGUAUGACCUGUCGCGCUUCAAGGAUCUUCAUCCCGGAGGAGUUUCGGUUCUUACUAAUACCGACAUUGCUGGCAAAGAAGCUACUGAGGCUUUCUACGGUCUUCAUCGGCACGAAGUCCUCGAGCGCCCUCAGUAUGCGCGCCUUCAGAUUGGCAACAUCAAGGGCGAAAAACCCCAAAUCAUCAGCCGACCCCCUGGCGCCAUCUCCGAUGUUCCCUAUAGCGAACCGACAUGGUUGACUCAAGGCUUCCACAGCCCUUACUUCACCGACAAUCACCGGCAGUUCCAGAAGGCUAUGCGCCAGUUCAUCGACGAGCACGUCUAUGAGGAUGCUCAAGCUCGCGACGCCGACGGCAAGCGUCCUUCACAACAUGUGUUCGACAAGAUGGCCGAGCUCAAUCUUCACGCUAUGCGGCUGGGCCCUGGCAAACACCUGGAAGGUCGUACCCUCAUGGGUGGUCUUGUCAAGCCUGAGGAGUUCGAUUACUUCCACGAGCUUAUCAUUACCCAAGAGCUUGUCAGAUGCGGUUCCCGGGUGUACGGUGAUGCAUUGCUCGGCGGCAAGGUUAUUGGUCUGCCUCCCGUCCUCAACUUCGGCAAGCCCGAGCUCAAGGCGAAGGUCAUUCCCGAGGUGUUCUCGGGCAAGAAAUUCAUCUGUCUCGCCAUCUCUGAGCCGCAGGCUGGAAGUGAUGUUAUUGGUAUGACCACUACCGCCAUAAAGGUGCGUAAGGGAGCCCCCAUUCCCAAGGAUGGGCAGGAAGAGGAGAUUCCUGAAGGCGAGGAGUUCGACUGGAUUGUCAAUGGCGGCAAGAAGUGGAUCACGAACGGGAUGUUCGCAGAUUACUUUACUGUAGGAGUCAAGUCGGAGUCGGGUCUUACUGUCCUUCUUAUCCCUCGCGUUGAGGGCGUGGAGACGAAGCCCAUCAAGACUUCGUACGGCCACGCAGCAGGCACGGCCCUCAUCACCUUUGACAACGUUCGUGUCCCUUCAGCAAACACGCUCGGCGAGGAAGGCAUGGGUAUCUUUGUUAUUCUCAGCAACUUCAACCACGAGCGAUGGGUCAUGUGCUGCGGCUCUGCACGCAGCCAGCGGGUGAUCAUCGACGAGUGCUUGAGAUGGGUAUCCCAGCGCAAGGCGUUUGGAAAGCCCCUGCACUCGCAGGCUGUCGUUCGUUCCAAGAUCGCUGGCAUGAUCGCGCGGACGGAAAGUGUCCAGGCUUGGCUCGAAAAUAUCACUUAUCAGAUGACACAUAUGUCAUACAAGGAGCAAUCCACCAAGCUUGCAGGACAAAUCGCCUUCUUGAAGACGUACAGCACCAAGUGCGCACAGGACACUGCCCGCGAUGCCGUGCAGAUCUUUGGUGGCCGCGGUAUCACCCAGUCGGGCAUGGGCAAGUUCAUCGAGCAUUACUACCGCACAGUUCCAUUCGACUCGCUACUUGGAGGUGCCGAGGACGUCCUCUCCGACCUCGGCGUUCGUCAGGCCAUCCGCCAAAUGCCGAAGAACGCCCGUCUAUAGACUUGGGGUGUAUCAACCUGGAUGGUCAAAGACCUCUCACCGCCGGUGCUAUAAUA